AUUGUGUUUGUGUGGUUAGUGGUGGACUGGUAGGUAGCCUUACCAAAAUAGAAUCUCCAAUGGAUUCUCGUCGGAGGAGACUCUCCUUUCUGCUACUCUUCUUCAUCACUGCUGCCAUAUUGUUCCCCAAUUUGUCUUCUGCUUCGUCGAUAGAAUCUGUAAAAAAUUCUGAGAAGAGCAAAGUGACGCUAGCAAUCUACUACGAGUCUCUGUGUCCUUACUGUUCAAAUUUCAUAGUCAAUGAUCUGGUUGAGCUCUUCGAAAGCGGACUCAUCUCCGAUGUCGAUCUUAAGCUCAUACCUUACGGUAAUGCCAGGAUUGGACCCAACGACACCCUCACUUGCCAGCAUGGCCCAUUGGAAUGCUUGCUCAACACUGUCGAGGCCUGUGCAAUCAGUGUCUGGCCUGAUCUGAAUAAGCACUUCCCUUUCAUCUAUUGUGUUGAAAGUCUGGUCUAUGAGCACCAGUACACCCAGUGGGAAACAUGUUUUGAAAAAUUGGAUUUGGACCCGACGCUCAUUACUGAGUGCUAUAGUAGUGGAUAUGGGAAAGAGCUUGAACUACAAUAUGCAGCAGAAACAAAUACUCUUCAACCUCCCCAUGAAUAUGUGCCUUGGGUGGUUGUUGACGGAGUACCCCUCUACGAGGAUUAUGAAAACUUCAUAAGCUAUAUCUGCAAAGGUUAUAAAGGCACUGCUCUGCCCCAAUCUUGCGUCGACUUAGCCCUCAAUACUAUUCCAAAGGACAAAGCAAGCCCUAGACAUCCAGUCUGCUAUAGAGAAGAAGCAACAAAGUCAAAACUAUCAAAGAUAAGAUCAGCCAUUAGAUCAUGGAUUGACAAAGUUGAUGUUGCAGUAUCACUGUAGAUGCCUUAAGGUUUGGUAUACUUCUGGGUAAGUACUGUUGUCUAUAUUUCUGCUGUUUUACGAGUGUGGGGGAUUACUAGAUUUGGCUUGUUAAUAUUGGUAUAUCCCUAGUUUAAUCACAGUAACGGUUCUUUAUGUUGGUUCUGCUUUGUCUGUAGUUAUUUCAGCUGUUGAUUUAAUAAUAGUUAUAGCUACCUAAGCACUUUAUUACAUACAGUACAUUGUUGAGUGAAUAUCUUGUAUUAUGUAAAUCAAUACAGUUAUUAGGCUUGUACAUGUGUUUGCAUCAGGUUAAUAAAGCCUUAAAUGUA